AUGUGUCACCCGUCUGAUUCUGAAGCUUGGAAGCAAUUUGAUGUUAUCCAUCCAUUAUUUGCAGCCGAAAAGCGUAAUGUUUGGUUGGGACUAUGCACAGAUGGGUUUCAGCCCCAUGGAACCUCAGGCUCACAACAUUCAACGUGGCCCAUUAUAAUUACACCCUAUAAUUUGCCACCGUCUAUGUGUAUGAAAGAGCCUUACAUGUUUUUGACUACAAUUGUGCCCGGACCUAAAAACCCUAAGCAAAAGUUAGAUGUUUUCCUUCAACCUGUUAUAACAGAACUAAAAGACUUAUGGGAAGAAGGCACCGUAACUUAUGAUGUAUCACUUAGACAAAAUUUUCAAAUGAUAGCCGCUUUAAUGUGGACAAUUAGCGAUUUCCCUGCAUAUGGCAUGCUAUCUGGUUGGGCAACUGCAGGUAAGCUAGCAUGUCCACAUUGUGGAAAAUAUUCACAAGCAUUUAGGCUGCCAAAUGGUCAAAAGAUAUCUUGGUUUGAUUGCCAUAGAAGGUUUCUUAAAUCUUAUCACCCAUUCAGAUUUAAUAAGACAAAGUUCACCAAGAACCAUAUAGAACUAAGGGAUCCUCCUCCAAUUUUGAAUGGCGCAAAUAUUUUAAGAGAAAUUGAAGACUUUGGCUUGUUAAAAGUGACAGAACUUAAUGUCGAGCAAGUAAAUAAAUCAUGUAGUAAAAAUUUUGAAUGUGGUUGGAAAAAAAGAAGCAUAUUCUGGGAUUUGCCAUAUUGGAAAACAAAUUUAAUAAGACAUAAUUUUGAUGUUAUGCACAUUGAGAAGAAUUUUUUUGAGAAUUUGUUUUACACAGUAAUGGAUGUUAAGGACAAGACAAAGGAUAAUGCAAAUGCAAGAGCUGAUUUAAAAGUCUUCUGUAACAGAAAAGGUUUUGGGAAAAAUCAAGUUACAUGUCAGUAUACAAAAGCACCUUAUGCAUUAUGCAAGGAGCAAAAAAGAGUCAUAUGUAAAUGGGUGGAGAAUUUGAGUUUCCCAGAUGGUUAUGUGUCGAAUCUAGGGAGGUGUGUAGACUUGAGCACACAUAGACUGUUUGGAAUGAAGAGUCAUGACUGUCAUGUUUUUAUGCAAAGAUUGUUGCCGAUUGCAUUUCGCGAGAUGCUGCCAACCAAGGUAUGGGAAGCAAUUACUGAGUUAAGUCUUUUCUUUAGAAGCUUAACCGCAACAGUAAUUACUGUUGAAGACAUGAAAAAGAUUGAAGCUGAAAUUCCUGUAAUUCUUUGUAAAUUGGAGGAAAUAUUUGUCCCUGGCUUUUUUGACUCGAUGGAACAUUUACCGAUACAUUUGCCAUAUGAAGCAAAGAUAGCAGGUCCCGUUCAAUAUCGCUGGAUGUAUCCAUUUGAAAGAUUGCUGCAUCAGUUGAAAAAGGAUGUUAAAAAUAAAGCUAGAGUUGAAGGGUCAAUUUGCAAUGCAUACUUGCUGCCUCGUAAUGAUGAAGGAGGAGCUGAAGAUGUUGAUGAAGAAAAGUUGAGUAUAUUUUCACAUGUUGGUCGCCCAUAUGGGAAACUCAAGAGUAGAAGGUUGAGUGAUAAGGAGUUUAAUGUAUUACAUUCUUACAUACUAUUUAAUGAAGAAAAGGUGCAACCUUAUGUCAAAGAAUAUGAAAACUUGUUAAAAGAACUAUAUCCUGAUAUAAACGAACAUGAUCUCAUGGCAGAAGUUGAUACAAACUUUGCUUCCUGGUUUGAGAAUUAUGCACGUCAAAAUCAAAUAAAGAACAAGUAUAUACAUGAUCUUUCAAGAAGGCCAAUAAGGACGGUGAAAUUAUAUAACGUGUACUAUGUCAAUGGUUAUAAGUUUCAUACAGAAUCACAUGGUGCUAACAAAUCGACCAUGAAUAGUGGAGUUUGUAUAAGUAGCGACUCUUGCGAUUACUAUGGCAGGUUGUUGGAAAUAUUAGAAGUUGAAUAUCCUGGUUUGCCAAUUAAAAGCACGAUCUUGUUCAACUGUGAAUGGUAUGAUCCAACUCCUGAUGUCGGAGUCAAGGUCCAUAACCAAUAUAAAUUGGUUGACAUAAACAAACGAAGAAAGUUCAAGAAGUUCGAGCCAUUUGUUUUAGCAAUGCAAGCUACUCAAGUUUGCUACAUUCCAUACCCUAGCAUGAAGCAAAACAUGGCUGAUUGGUUAGCGGUAUUUAAAGUUAAACCACGUGGAUGGAUUGAUGUAAAAAAUGUUGAUAAUAAGACAAACAAUGAUGCUUUUCAAGAGGAUGACGUUGAAGUAAAUGAAAUCGUUAGCCCUAUGGAAGAACCAACCACAAGUUCACAUGAUGAAACAGUCCAGUAUGAUCUGAAUGAUGAUGAUAAUGAUUAA